AUGGCGGCGAAGAACGACCAAGUUACAGACACCAAAAAGAGAAAGCGAACCAACACCGAAACUCACAAAUCCCCUUCUAAACCAAAGGAACUUGCGGAUUUUAGAAAGAAGAAGAGAAGACGCCAUUUUACUCUCGAACAAGAUCUUGCUCGUCUAUGGGAAAAGAUGAGGCAUCACGAGAUUGCGAAAGCAGAUAGAUCUAAGUUGGUCACAGAAGCUUUAACGAAAAAUGAAGGGGAAGAUUCAUUAGAUUGCAGGGUCUUAUAUUACUCUCUCACUUUUGGCCUUCAAGUGCCUUUACACUUAUCAAAUGUAUAUCACAGAGACCUUAAGCCAAAGAAUAUACUGGCAAAUGCAAAUUGCAAACUCAAAGUUUAUGAUUUUGGACUUGCACGUGUUGCAUUCAAUGAUACCCCAACAACAACUUUUUGGACGUACACACUUGCAAUUGAUAUAUGGAGCAUUGGAUGCAUUUUUGCAGAAGUGCUGACAGGAAAACCAUUGUUUCCUGGUAAAAGUAUUGUGCAUCAAUUAGACUUGAUCACUGAUCUUCUUGGAACACCACCACCCGAAAUUAUUGCAGGAGUAUAG